UAAAGUCCUGCACCUUGGGAGGGAAUAUCCAGCACACCAAUACCACAUGGGAAACACUACACUACCCACCACAGAGGCAGAGAAAGGCUUGGGAGUGUAUGUUGUCAGGCUACCAAUGAAAGCCAAAUCCGUGCCAAUCGCAGCGGACGGGUUAAGGCCCUAUACCCAGGAGUAACACAAGCGCCCAAACCAAACCAUACCUUCCAGACUGAUCCGUUGUUUCUACUCAAUACCAGAUACUGAUAAAGAGAUUUCCUUUGUAGUUUCCUAAAAUUUCCUCUUCCUUUUUAUAUCAACGCUAAACACUGGGGCUACGAGGCUUUGUUACUUCCUCCAUGCUUUCAAGAGGGGAGUAUAUGAGGAACGAUUCUGACCCUGUUUUUAGAUUCUUUCAACCAUUUACUAUUAGCAGGAGCAGCGCCAGCGGGAUUUUUUGCUUCCUCCUUUUCAGUAUACCCUUGACCUGCCUCCUUUCAUGUAAGAAGAGACGAGGAAGGCUAAAGCGAGGUAGGAGGCUGAGGAGGGGAAAUGAGGCUGGUGAGGUGAGGUUAAUUAGGUCAGACUGAGGUGUAAAGAUGAGGAGGUAAGAAGUGAAGGGAAAUAGAUGGAGGAAAAUGAGGGUUAAAGUUAUAUUAGGCUGAGGUGCAAGAGUGAAGAAGCUUUUAGUGUGUGUGUGUGUGUGUGUGUGUGUGUGUGUGUGUGUGUGUGUGUGUGUGUGUGUGUGUGUGUGUGUGUGUGUGUGUGUGUGUGUGUGUGUGAGCCAGAAAAGGGAAUAAGAAACUAGGGGAAGAAUGAGUGAGGGCCUUGUUGAAUCCGUGAGGAAGGUGGAUGAGGAAGAAGGAACAUGAAUGAGAGAGGAAAGAAGUGAGGUAGGUACAGGUGAGUUGAGGUGAGUAGGUUGGCAAGGGAGUGGGAAAAUAAGGCAAGAAUGAAUGAGGGGACUUUAAAUGAGAGACGAAGGUGUGGAGGAAGAAAUAUGAAUGAGAAAGUGGAUAGAUAGGGAAAAAAAAGUGAGAAUGAAGGGCUUUUAGAAUGAGGAGGGAAGGUGAGGAAAGGAAAUAAGAAAGUUAAGAAUGAGAGGCUUUUGAGAGAGAAAGAUCAGGAGGGGGGAAAAUGAAUGAGAGUGAGUAGGUAGGAAAAAUAAGUGAGAAAGUGAAGUAAAAAUGAGAGGCUUUUUAAUUAAACGAAAAUGAGGAGGGAAAAAAAGAUGAAUGAGAAAGGUGAGUGAAGAGAUAAAAAAAAAAAAGAGGGUGAGAAUGAGGGACUUUCAGAAUGAGAAACAAAGGUGAGGAAAGAGUAAGGUGAGUGAGGCAGGUGGGUGACUUAGAAGUGAGGCAGGGUGAGGUGUGUCGGGGAAGGAGCCGUGAAAAAUGCUGCAGGAAGGUUAUGUUUCACGCGGGGCCGUAAAAUACAUCUCACGGAACAAGGAUGAAAAAAAGAAAGAAAAAAAAAAGCUAAAGAAAAAUUACAGCGUGUCUUGCCGGGGUGUGAAAAUGGCUCCUCUCGUCUGUUGCUGUUGGUUCUGUUGUUUAUUUUUGUGUCGUUUAUUUACUGUUAUUUCCAGACGUGUUUUCUUUGUUUUCGUCAUUGUUUAUUAUCCCUUUCCGGCAAACACCACUAGACCAAGUAAAUCAUAUAGCUAAUUCUCUUUCUGCUUGCCGUUUUUUGUUCAUGCUUUCCCUGUUUCCUUCGUUACAUUAUUUCCUCCCCUCAUUGCCUCCUUCUCUUCCCCGGCAAACACCACUAGACAAAGUAAUUCAUAUCAUCUUCAGUCUGUUCCUCAUAUUUGCUGCUUUCCGUCUUUAAUCCAUUCUUUCCUUGUUUCCUUUCCUACCGUCUUUCUUUCCCCUCAUUGCCUCCUCCUUUUCCUCGGCAAACUUCACGCGAGCAAGUAAUUCAUAUCAGCUCCACUCGGGCGGCGGCGACGAGGGCUAAAAUUUGCUGUCCCGUCCAGAUCGAUGCGUCUGGGCACAGGGAGGCGUGGCCGAGGGAGAGCGGGAGGGAGGGAGAAGGGAGAGCGAGGGGAGAGAGCAGAGGGGGCGGCAGCAGCUUCCCCUUAAUACUCCUACUACUACUACGAGUUUUAUUACUACAACAGCAUCCAUGAGGGGUUGCCUUGUUCCCUGCCCCCCUGCCCCCACCUGGCGUACCUGCCCCCUCACCUUAGGCGGCUGUCGAAGGGUAGAAUUUGGGUUAGUGAGGGACGGCGGCGCUCCAGGACAGAGGAGUGGGAGGAGCAGAUGAGUCUCUGUUGCCCGCUGCCUCCUCAUCCCUCACGAUUCCCGGUUGCAUUUACUCAUCACCGCUGCAUCUGAACCCCGUGUCCCACCCCCACAUGGCUCGUAGUGUUCUUUGACUACCUGGAAUAGUGCCUGACGGGUCCUGGGUCCUCGGGUUUGCGGGUAAAUUCCUACUCGGCAACUGCUUCCUUCUGAGCCACCACCAGCCGCUGCCGCCCCGCUCCCAGCCAGCCCUCGCAGUCCCAGGCCAAGUUGUCCCCUCAGUCUGCUCUUGCUCGUUUCCGUGUGAGUGUCGCGUCGCGCCCUCCGUGCCUCGCUCAGUGCCCCGACAGAGAGGCUGCGUGGCCCGGGAGUAGCGCCUCGUCAUCCUCGCUGUGAUCCCCGACGCCCUGAGAGAGGAAGUGUUGCCAGCGUUGACAUCCAAGUUCACGGUUCCUCUUCGUCCCAGGCGGAGAGUUAAAGAGCUUCCACAGCAAUUAGACGAGGCAAAGUUGUCCUCGCGCCUACAGAGUCCUUGUCCGAGGCUCCAAGUGGCAGGGCGGCGAAGCAAGCGUGUCCCCCUCGGCCACGCCACCAUGUAGGGCCUCUCCCUCAUCUCCCUUCUCUCCCUCAUUCCCCCUCCCAGCCCCUCCCUCAUGUGGCAUAGCCCCCAAACCCCCGCUGAGGUGCUCGACUGCUUCUUCUCCCUGCUGAUGCUGUUGCUGAUCCUACUGACACUGCUGCUGGUGCCUGUGUUCAUGAGGGGACUGUAGUGGGCGUGGAGGGUGACCCAUCUCCUCCUUGAACCCCCUGGAGGGAUGUGGAGGAGGAGCAUCGAGUCCCAGGUGUUAAUUAGAGGCUUAUAGGACACCUUAGGACGUCUUGGCACCUUGUAGACAUAGAGAUACAUGAAGGAUUGACCAGAAAGGACGCCCUAAUCUCCUCCUUGAAGAGAUACGUGAAGUGGGGGUUAAGUUUGCUGAGGUUCAAGUGCGACUCCAAGACCACCUGUCAGAAGGGGCGGCAGCGUCGUCGUCGGGGAUACAGUUACUAAUUCAUGAUCGUGUUUAUUCGCCCGACGCCCGACGCCUCCCACACGCGCCUGCCUCAAGGACGGACGGACGGCAUCAUGGAGGGCCUGUCUCGCUCCUCACCGCCCCGCUGCCCCGCCCACCCCCACCACCCCCUCCCCCGCCCCUAGUCACUUUACCUGCCCCACCUCUCCUCUCCUCUCCUCCUCCCCUGAAACAUGCACGACGCGUCUCCAAAGUCCGCGAAACACCACCAAUUUGACACGAGUGAUUCUGCAGGGAUUGAUAGAGACUCCCCAUCAUCACCGCCACCACCGCCGUCACCACCACCGUCACCACCACCUCCACCGCCUGCAUCACCACCACCGAUCUGACACCGACGUCCUGAGUGGUAAACCGAGAGACUAACAUCACCACCACCACCACCAGAGACACGUUCAUCACCACCACCAGGGACACUCCUCCAGUUGAUAAAAGACGCACCACCACUAGUAACACCCACCACCACCACAGCUUCAGUAUUCCAGGCACAGGAUUGGCUCGCAUGGUCCUGGAGAUACACACACAGCCGCGCCAAGACACAACGCUCUCUGCAUACCGAAGCGCCUGUCCUUAAAGACGUGAACAUCGAUACAGUCAGCGCCGCGAGUCCCAAAAAGGAGCGAGGCGAAGAGGCGGCAAAAAACACGAGUCGCGCAAAAAGUGCUGGACGUUAAUCAUUCUUUAAAGACGCGAGGUAAAAAAAAAGAAAGAGGAAGAAUUGUCCCGGGGUGGAAAAAGGGUACAGACGAAAAGGUUUUGAAUCUGAUCCGCAAACAAAGACCCGGAAAUAAAAAGUGUUGGACAUAGAUCAUUCUUAAACGACGCGAAGUGAAAAUAGAAAGAGAUACGGACUUUAAGGUUUGAAUCUGAACUGCAAAGACUGAAAGAUAGAAAAGUAAACGUUAUUCAAUCUUAACUUUCUCACCUUAAACGGCGUAAGGUAAAAAAAAGAAAGGGAAGUGUCUUAAGGAGGUACAGACUUAAAGGUUAGAAUCUGAACAGGAAACAAAGACCCCAAAAUAAGAAAAGUAUUACUCAUUGAUCAUUCUUAAAACAACGUGGUCAAAAAAAAAAAAAGUGUCCUCGGGUAAAUAAAGCUGAACAGUAUUACCAAACCUAACAAAAACAAAACAAAAAAGUGCUCCACAUAAAUCAUUUAAAAAACACGGUUCGCAAAAGCAAUUAACCGCAGCACAGCAGUAAACAAAGGUGAAGACUAGCAAGGUAACCCAAUCUGAAUAAAACAACAACAGCAGCAACAACAAAAAACAAAGCACUGUAAAAUAACGCAGCAAAAAAACAAGCAAUUUCCAUUUCCCAAACAAGGUAAAGUUGGACAACAAACGAAGGAAGCGUCUGUUUGUCUCUGUGUGUGUCUGUUUGUCUGUUUGCUUCUCCAUGACCCGCGAGCAAACAGGAGCACACGCCAGGUAGGACGAAAUAGUGAAGUCCUGCGUGCCUCCCUCUGUAACCUGUAACCUGUUAUCUAGGCGGCCACACACGACACAAAGGAAAUCUGUUUUGUGUUUGUUUGUGUCUCUCCCUCACAAACACGGCCCAGCACAAACGCGUUAUCCUCGGCCCAACAUAAACAUCAAGGCAGAUAAAAUAGUGCGAUCCUCUGAGCCUGAGAAAAAACAAAUACAAAAAGAGUGUGUUUGUGUGUUUCUCUGCUCACAAACACGGCCAAACACAAGCAAGAAGGGAUCAGAGUGUAAUCCUCGGCCCAACACACACCUGGAAAAAAAAAAACAUAAAAAAGUGUGUGUGUGUGUAUAUUUAUCUCUCUCUCCCCCACAAACACAGCCCAAGCACAAGCAAGGAGGGCUCAAAGUGUUAUCCUCGGCCCAAAACACAAAGAUAAAACGAAUCCUAUAAGCUUGAAUAACAUAAAGCAUCUGUGUGUUUGUUUGUCUAUCUCGAUUUCCCUCAAGCCCAAGCAAGGGGAGCUCAAAGCGUUAUCCGCGGCCCAAAACCCAAAGAUAAAACGAAUCCUAUAAGCUUGAAUCAACUUUAAGCAUCUGUGUCUCUGUCUGUCUCGUCCUCCCUCACAAGCCCAAGCAAGGAGGGCUCAAAACGCUAUCCUCGACCCAACACACAAGCAAGGAGGGCUCAAUGCGUUAUCCGCGGCCCAAAAAACAAGCAUAAAACGAAUCCUAUAAGCUUGAAUAAACGUAAAGCAUAUGUGUCUCUGUUUGUUUGUCUCGCUCUCCCUCACAAGCACAUGCAAAAAGGAACAAAACGCUAUCCUCGGCCCAACACACAAGCAUAAAACGAGAUGAAACGCUGAUCCUCCGAGGCUGAAAGAAGCAAGCAUUCGUUGGGCUGUUUAUCUCCCGCAGCGAACCGUUCCCCAACAGAAGAACGUCGGAAGAAAAACAGUGAUCCUACGAGCCUAAAGGAAGCUUCCGUUGAUCUGUUGACUUCUUGGACCGAACCGUUCCCUAACAGAAGAACGGCGGAAGAAAAACGGUUAUCCUACGAGCCUAUAAAGAAUCCUCCAUUGUCCCGUUUAUUCCUCUCACCGAACCAACAGAACAGAAGCACAUCGGGACAAAGCAGUAAUCCUCCUCCUCCUCCUCCUCCUCCUCCCCGCCAUUCCCUGAUCCCUUAUGCACGCCCCACAGCCGGCUCGCGCGCCCCAGUUGUGCAUAAAAGCUGUUCCAUUUGCCUCCAGCGGUAAAUUUUUAGACCUUGUGGAGGCGAGCGAGGGGACGCGAUUCGGGCCCCUCCAGGCAGCGGCGGCGGCGGCGGCGAGGGAAAAUUACCAAGGCCCGGGUUAAGCGAGGGGAGAGGAAACCAAGGAAAAGUAAAGACAUGGACGAGAAUUAAAAGCAGUUGUUGUUGAUGAGGAAAUUGGUCUGAAAACUUGAGGUUAAAAGGACGUAAACUAACCGUGACGAGAAAGCUGCUGGUGCCCUGUGUGGUGUUAAGGAGUGGCGAUUAAGGGAGACUAGCAAAGAAGGAAGGAACGUGCAAGCAAAAAAGACGAACAUAAAAAAAGGGAGAAGAUAAAAAAAAAAGGGUUCAGGAGACCGUAAAUCAACUUGUGUGUGGUUUCAAGAAGUAGCGAUUAACAGACCAGCAAAAAAAGUAAGGAAAGUGCAAGCUAACAUAAAAAAAGGAAGAAGAAAAAAAGGGUGAAAAAGAACGUGAAUCUGCCAAUAGGACGAAGCAGCUGCAAGUCGUGGCAUCAAAAGACGACGAGUGGAAAAGCUCAGCAAAGAGGGAAGGAAAGAGGGAAGUAAACAGUGGAAGUAAAGAGGAAGAGGAAGAGGAAGAGGGAGAUGCGUCACCCCCAUGGCAACGAGACUUCCCCUACUUCCUCCUCCCCUCGCCUCCCCGCCAUCGCGCUGAGGGGACGGGCCGAGGGACGCAGCACCUAACUGAUAAUUCAUUGGGGGGACGCUGAUGAGUGGAUCUUCUGAAUUACGACUCAGAGGAACCAGUCGCCGGCUAAAAGGGUUCCAGAGGCGCCGCGGAUCCCAAACUGACGGCGAGGGAAGGUUAUGAAGUAUUCCCAUCCAUUCCUCUUCAUCAUUCCUGGAAGCGUCGUUCGGGAGCUGCACUUCUCGAGCCUCCCGGUCUUGUUUCCCUUCGCUUCACCGGCCGAGGAAACCCAGUAAGUAGCUGCUUGAUCUACAGUGGCGCCGCGUGCAGGAGUGAAGCCCCAGACGGCCCUGCCCGCCCCGCCUCUUCGCCUCCCUCGUAAACAAACUAACCGUGGAAACUUGAGAGGGAAUGGUAAUGAGCAGAUCUGAAGGGCGCUGAGGCUGUGCCGGUCCCUGAGGAGCUGCGAGGCGACGACGAAACGGAGAAAACAACGAAAACAGCGACAGCAUCGACAGCGGUGGCUCGUGGCGGCUUCUUGAGUGAGGGACGUCCACUUCCGGCUCGCUUCGCCGUCUGGAAUUCCCUUUAUUAAGUCUCUGAGCCAGGCCCUUGAUCCACCAGGCACCGAUGGGUCGCCUGACAAGGGAUUAAUCCUCGCUUGGUGGACAGACUCGGUGAGACGUCGAGGUCCAAAGGCAACGAGAUAUCCGACGCACGAUCCGAGAACCUGAAGGCUGUCGUGAGGUCUUGAAGGAUUAAUCACCAGCCACGACGACGACCUGAAGGCUGUCUUGCCGGGCGUCCUGGAGUGAUUCCCGCCAACCACGACGCAGCGGAAUAGACUUGUGGAGGGAAACGCCAAUACUCAUUCCUGUGUCUUUGUCCGCGCGUCUCCGGCCCGGAAAACAGGUCCCCGGGCGCGGCAAACCCUCGCGCGCCCGCUGUUCCCGUCACCCAGUCCUCGUCGGCCUUGUGUUCGGGGCAGCCCAUCGCCUUGUAUGGGAUGAACGCGCUGAGACAAUGCGGAAACCUGUGGCACGGAGAGCAAGAUUAAGACGAUACGGAUGAACAAAGGAGAAAAGGUUGACACGCCGCCCUCCGUCGCCCCCAGCGCUUUACAAGUCUUGGGAGGGUGAGACAGGUCGCCAACUCGCCGCGGCAUCUGCAGAGGUGACUGAGCGGAAUAAUGGUAUUACGUUAAGUGAGAGAGAGAGUGGAGUGAGGGGAAUAUAAUAGUUCUCUCCCCUCGUGUAUUGCGCCUUCCAGCUUCCCUUGCCCCGCUCCCUUUCUGAGGCGAGGGAACGCGCCUAUCUACCCUCGCGUCGGCCUGACUGAGGAGACAAACACACACACGCUGGCCUGUGAGGGAACCGCUGAAUACUGAUAGCUGGAGGCCGUGAUUGAGGCCUCCCGCCGCCCGUGAUGUCACCGCGGAUGAAUAAGCGGCCCUUGUAAAAAAAGGAAAGAAGGUUCAGGACGCUGUUGUGGUGGCCAGAGCCUUAUCGCCCCUCCUGGUGUGGCGGAGGGCGUUGCCAGGGCUGAAUAGGAAGUGGCGAGGCUUCAGGGAGAGGCGACGCGAGUUUUGUGUCUCGCUGGCACGCCAGAAGCCUCGCUGGUCAAGGGUGUGUCCGCCUCGCCCACGCCAGCGGCCCGCGGCGAGGGAGGAUGCCCCGCCGCGCCCGCCGCUGCCCAGCCCACCGCGCCGCGGGCGACGACUGUCCAAGGCGACUGUUCAGGGCUGACGGCGGCAACGCGGCGCCUAAGUGACCUGCUAGGGAAGCAGAAGCAGCAGCAGCAGCAGCAGCAGCCUCAGCAACAACCUCAGCAGCAACCUCAGCAGCAUGGCGCCCAUGUUCUGCACCAAACUGUUCCACUGGGGCAAGGCGGGCAAGGGCAAGAAGGAUGGCGGGGCGCGGCCGGCCUUGGACACUGUGUACCCGGAGCCCCAGGACGAGGGGGAAGCGUGCCCCUACUGGACCCACGUGCAGUGUAACCCCCCGCCGCCCCCUGGCACCACCUCGUCCCGCCCACACACGCCCACACACGUCCCGCUACUGCCCCACCACCCCGCCAGCCCCGUGCACCACCAGCCGGCGCCCCGCAGCCCAUCUUCGCACCGCCGCGCCGCCCACGCCCGCAGCCACCAGGUGAAGUACGGGCACGAGGUGCCGCACCUUGGCACCACCUACCGCAGCCCCUUCCAUACCCCGCACCACAGCCCCCACCACAGCCCCGGCCCCAACAGCCCUGUGGGGCAGAGCGCCGUGCACUUCACGCCGAUAUGUCUGCAGCAGCAGCAUCACCAGCAACAACAGCAACAGCACAUGUACAGCCCCGUGCCCCCCGUCGGCUCGGGCUACAACAGUCCCGUGCACAGCUCCUCGGGCUUCAGCAGCCCCGUGCCCCCCGGGUCGGGGCACAACACGGUGGCGCACCACAGCCUGGGGUACACCAGCCCCCCGCACCACGGCUCCGGCUACACCAGCCCCGCACACCACGGUUCGGGGUACAACAGCCCCGUGCCCCACGCCCAGGGCUACCACAGCCCCGGGCCCCACCACUCCUCGGGUUACAACAGCCCCGUGCCGCCCCCCGCCCCGGGCUACCACAGCCCCGUGCCGCACGUGUCGGCCUUCCACGCCCCGGUGCCCCACGCGGCGGGGUACAGCAGCCCCCCCGUGCCGGCGCAGCCCCCGCCGCCCUGCGCCUCGCCGGGCUACAACAGCCCCGUGCACCACCACCACCACCACCACCACCGGGGCGGCUACGUCCUCGAGAGUAACUACAGCCAGCCGCUGCCGCCCCCGCCCCCACAACGACCUCCGCCCCCCCUGCCCGGCCAGGAAGGUAACGCACCCAGCAGUUGUCAUGUGUGUGUGUAG